CGGAGGAACAACAGUCUCUCCAGAGGAGAUGAAAAGAAUUCUAAUUACAUCUCUGAACAAUAUUUGUUUUGAGCGAGGAAAGCAAACCAUAUGGCAUGUGGGAGCCUGUUUGGGGCCGCAUUAAGUGAGGAUUUGUUUUUCAGUUAUGUCCUGAUCUGAGUGAGAUGCGAUCAUGCUCGAUUUAUUUCCUUCACCUCAGAGGUGUGGCAGGUCCCACACUCGUUCUGGGGCAGGGGUCUGAGGGAUGCUGUGGGAGCAGGGGGGGCCACAGGCUCCUGCUCCCUCCCUUUCCCCUCACUGCUCUUUGCAAAGUACCUGGCAGCUCUGCUGGGGUGGGGAGGAGAAAUCUGUGGGUGUCAGGGAUGUGUCUGCUCUGCCGUAGGGGCUGUGUCUGUUUGCCAGGGAAGGAUCCAGGCUCUCCUGGUGACUCUGCCUGUGUGGCCGGAGGCAUUGUCCUUCACUGGGACAGUGCUGUGUCCCCGCAGGCACCCUCAGCCCCCGCUCUGUCUCCAGCAGCUCUUUUCACCGAGACCCCCCACGACAUGACGGCGCAGGCGGGUGAGGAUGUGGAGAUGGCGUGUUCCUUCCGCGGCAGCGGCUCCCCCUCCUACUCCCUUGAGAUCCAGUGGUGGUACGUCCGCAACCACAAGGACUGGACGGACAAACAGACGUGGGCUUCCAGUCAGCUGAAAUCAUCACCACCAGAGGAGCCCGGGAAAGAGGCGACAAAAAUCAGUGUGGUGAAGGUGGUCGGCAGCAACAUCUCCCACAAGCUGCGGCUGUCGCGGGUGAAACUGGAGGACGAGGGGACCUACGAGUGCCGGGUGAUCGACUCGAGCGACGGCAAGGCACGGCACCACAAGGUGAAGGCGUACCUGCGGGUGGAGGCAGCGGGGGGCCCGGGGCACCCCCAGGACACCGAGCUGCGGGAGGCCCCGCUGGCAGAGCUGGCCGCGCCGGGCUCAGCCCACGCACACCAUCACCACCACCACCACAAAGCCGGGAGGGAGCUGAAGAAGCGCUCGGCAGACACCUCCUGUGCGCUGUAGGGGGGCGGCGCGGGGGGAGUCCCCUCCGCCCCGGACUCAGCGGAGCCACCAAGGGUCCCGCACCCCCUGCCAGAGACUGGCCCCACCGCCCCGACCUGUCCAGCACCCCUCAGCAUCCCCCUCUCCGGCAGGGCGCGGCGGGUUUGUCCCCAGCGCGGGGCACAGCGGUGCCGGGCUCGGUGCGGCGCGGAGCCGGAGCUGUCAGUGCCACGGGCGCAUCGCUGGGGCUGCGCCCGGGGCCAGGCCGUGUGCCCACCCCGCUGGUCCCCGCGUCCCCGGCCUUGUGCUGCCGCCGAGGUGCCGCGGGCUGCGCUGUGUCCCAGCUCUGUGCCCAGCGCCGACCCUCCCCGCCCUCCCCUGUGCUUCGCAGACCCAGCCGCCUGUUCCUGUAGGUUGCUCCGUUUAGUUGCUCGGUUCCAGCCCCACAGUGCGUGUCUAAAUUCCAGCCUCCAUCCCACAGCCCGUGUGUAUCCCCCCGCCCAGCCCUGCCCCCGCCUGCCCCGCAGCCCCCAGCACGGCAAGGCCUGAGCUCAGCAGAGGAAGGACGGCACGGCACAUUCCUGGAAUCCUCCCGGCACGUUCCUGGCAUCCUCCCAGCACGCUCGGCCAUCGCUCAGCCAGGCAGCUGCCCGUGCUCCCUGCGUGCUUGGGAAGGUGUGCUGGCCCCUUGCACCCAUCACUCCUCCUCCCCUGGCGUUUCAUAGGGGAUGGGGCGCUCCUCCGCCAGCCUCGUCCACCCUGGCCCCAUCCCGCGGCCCGUGCCAGGCUCUUGGCCCCCUCUCGGACCAGCAUCCCUCCCUCCCUCCCUCCCAGGCCACAGCACCACAUGGCCCCGGGCAGGGUCUGGCCCACGGGCUCUCGUGUCACAGUGCAAACAGCAGAGCCCGUCCCUGCUGCCCCCACGGGUGACCACAGCCACUGGGGAUGGAGCUGUGGGGAGGGGCAGGGGGGUCCCAGCCUCCCCGCCCGCUGCUGGGCGCUGCUCCCCUGCUGCCCCCCAGCCUGCCACCAUCAGACCUGC